GUUCCAUGCUACAUGCUAGGUAAAAGAGAAACUUAAGUGGAAAGAGUCUUCCUGAAGCAGGGUCAUGGUCUAAAAUACUGAUGCAGCGGGACCCUCCUUGUGAACCUUGUGAAGAUGCACUUGUCCACCUCACUUCAAGGCUUUACAACUGGGGUUUCACUGCUGGAGAGGAUGGAGGAACGAAAAGUAAGCCUGCGUGAUGAAGAUCAGCUUCAUCACAGCUUACAACAUGAGAAAGCUGUGACAAACAGGGUUCAUUACCAGGAAAACAUUGUGAUGCAAGAUGAUGUACAUGAUAUGCUGUGUGAGAAAAACAAAUCUGGAACUCCAAAGAAGCAAAAAGAGAAAAGAAGAAAAGUGCAAAAUUCUUCAUCAGCUUUGUCUCAAAGUAAAAAGACUGAUGUUCAGAAUCCUCAGCCUCAAGUACAGAAAAAUCCAAGCAGAAGAGGAGAAGCCUCACUUCUUAGUGGGAAAAUGUCUGUGCACUCAGUCCAAGAUCACGUGGAAGAGGGUGCAGAACACAUGUUUCGCACUCACAUAUGUACAGAAUGCAGGCGUUGCUUUAAGACCCGCUCUCAUCUGAUGGAGCAUAUGCGUCUUCAUUUUCCUGACCCCAGCCUGCAGUGCCCCACCUGCAAGCACUACUUCACCAGCAAGAGCAAGUUGCGUGUCCACAUGCUGAGGGAGUCUGGUGAGAAGCUGCACCGCUGCCACUUGUGUGAUUAUGGUGCUGUGGAGCGUAACACCCUGCGCCGCCAUCUCAUCAGCGUGCAUGGUAAUCUAGGAGAGGAUGACGGUGCCAUGGACCUCUAUAUGUGCCCGACCUGCCGAAAGGGCUUUCGGCAGAGUCAGGAGUUAAAGAGUCAUAUGAAGUCCCAUCACAUGACGCAUGACGGGCAACCUCUGCCCUGCAUCAAAGUAGGAUGCCCCUUUCAGUGCACAGAAAAAAAAGUGCUUCAGAAGCACCUAUUCGAUGCGCAUAGCAUCAAGGCCAUAGAGUGUCGCCACCAUGCCUGCAGUGCUUUGUUCGGAUGUAAGACAGAUAUGGAGGCUCAUUUUCUGACCCAUAAGGCCUUUCACUGCACACAUUGUGACUUCACAUGCUCUAACAAGAGCCGUUUUCAGCAGCACAAAAGACAAGGCCAUGCAGGGGACACACAGCUAAGUUGUGACUUCUGUUCCUUCACUACUUUCAAUCCAGUGGAGUUUGACCAGCACGUAGGCCACCUUCAUGCCAGUGAGAAAACACACAGAUGUCAAGAGUGCAGCUUCGUGACUGCUCAUAAACGAGUUCUUAAAAGACACAUGCUCAUGCAUACUGGUGAAAAGCCCCACAAAUGUACACUGUGUGAAUUCAGAUGUCGAGAUGAAACAUAUCUCUCAAAGCACAUGCUGACACAUUCUGAUGACAAGCAGCACAUGUGUUCAGAGUGUGGCUAUGUUACCAAAUGGAAGCAUUACCUGAAUGUCCACAUGCGCAAACAUACUGGUGAUCUCAGGUACAAAUGUAAUGAGUGCAUGUACCGCUGCCACCGCAUUGACCAGCUGAACAGUCACAAGCUUCGGCAUCAAGCAAAGAGUCUGAUUUGUGAGGUGUGCGCUUAUUCUUGCAAGCGAAAGACUGAACUGCACAAACAUAUGCAGCUCAAACACUCAACAAGUAAAGACCACCAGCCUCCUCUUUACCAGUGCAAGUUCUGUGCAUACACAACAAAAUAUCGUCAAGCUCUUCACAACCAUGAAAACUGCAAACAUACUAGGACAAGGGAGUUUCGAUGCGCUCUCUGUUCAUACUCUACAUUUAGCAACACUGGCCUCUUCCUGCACAAGCGUAAGGCCCAUGGAUACGUGCCUGGGGAUGUGAAGUGGCUGGAGACAUAUGCAGAGAAAGAGAGACAAAACAAUUCAAUGGACCUGAUGCAGACCUUUUAUUCUAAAGUUGUAGGUACUGAAAAAAUAGCUGAGGAGCAGGGGGGUUCUGAAGGUCAUUCAAAAACCUCUAACCAAGUGGAGUUGCAAAAUGCUAUUAUGACAAAUGAUGACCAAAUUCCCAAUAGUUGUGAAAGAGUGAAUGAUUCAGAGAGCAUAAGUACUGUCUUAGAACAUCAAGGCAGUUCAGAUGUUAAUUCAUUCGGAGAUAAGACAAACAAUGAAACAGAACAGCCAGUAAAGAUCAGACAACUUCAGCCAGUUGUCCCUGACCAAGAGGAAUGUUGUAUUCUAACCCAAAUAACAUGCAAUGUUAGUGCCCAGGCAGCACCCUUGCGUACUGAAUCAGAAGACCAGGGAAUCACAGAUGUGCCUGUUGAUAGCUUCCCUAGACCUGACUCAUCAUGCAACAUUCCUGAGAUCCCUGUUGAAUCUGUAAGUGAAGAGGAAGAUGAUGCUUUGUCAGACCCUGAGGAAGGUAGUGAUUCCAAAGAGCAGGGGAACAGAGGAAAUGUGAUCAUGCAAGAAGUGCCCCAAAGCUCAGUGGCCCAUCAUGCGGUCUCCUCAUUAGUGUCCUCAGUUGAUGGUGCAGGUUCAGAAAAUCUGCUCCAAGUUAUGAGGAGACGGGACAAAGACCAAGCUGAUGCACUGAUCCUGGAAGGUAGAGUCCAGAUGCUGGUGGUCCAAACCCAGAACAACAUAUACCAGUGUGAUCACUGCUCUUAUGUGACACGAAAGCAGGCAGCCUUAAUGCGGCACUGCAGAUCUUCCUGCCAGGUCAUGAAAGCAGCUCUCCAGUGCCAGGACUGCGGUUUACGCUUCAAACAAUUACGUUCUUUUAACACCCACCGCCUCCGAAAGUGUCUUGCACUGCAGAAGAAAAAAAAGAUUCUCUCUGUUGUGGAAACCUCACACAAGAUAAGAGAUUUUGGAACUACACAGGCCCAGGAUACAUUGCAUAAUAAGAAUGAGGCUGCACGCCCUUUGUCACCUGUCACAGAGGCUGAUCAAUGUGGGGACUGUGUGCUCACAAGCUUAACUGGAGAUAAAGGGGCAAAUGUCAUCCCACAGAAGAAUAAUACAAACCAUGCUUCUGAGUCCCUGGGCUUGGCAACUGUUGACAGCUGUGGUUACCAUGAAGAUAAUUAUAAGUUCACCUGCAAAAUAUGUUCCUUUUCAUGUAGCAGAAAAGCCACAAUAGAUCGUCAUUGUGCAGCCUGCUUCCGAAGCAGAGCUCAAAGUAAGCUGACAGUGAAUGAGCAAGAGGAUGAACAAAGUGAAUUAGAUUGUGAGCAGGAAGAGCAAGAUGGAGAAAACAAUGAAGGAGACCCAGGAGAGAAAAUAGUGAAAAGCAUAAAACGAUUUUCCUGUCCCAACUGUCCAUUUGUUUGCCAACAGAGAAGAGCAUUAACAAGUCAUGAGAAACGUGGCUGUUUAAAGCCUGGCGAGAUCCAGUGCCAGCAGUGUUCAUUUGUGGCCAAAUCAGAGAAGUCUCUAAAUCACCAUUUCUUAGUUCACAGUAAAGACAAGGAUUUUAAACGAGGCAAAAGAGCUCGACUUCACUGUAAGCUUUGUAUCUUCACUUGCAAGCAAGAGCGAUGUAUGGCUCAGCACGUGGCACUGAAGCAUGAGGGUGCUCGCCCAUUCCACUGCCGCUUCUGUGAUUUCAGCACAGCACGGCGCCACCGUUUGGAUGCCCAUGAGUCCAGGCACACGGGCAUCGGCAGACACUGCUGUGAGCUGUGUGGUCAGAGCUUUGGCACCUCAUCUAAGCUACGGCUGCAUCACCAGCGAAUCCAUGACAGACAAGCCACCCACUUCUGUUCUCUUUGUGACUACAAAGGCUAUAAUCCUACUGACAUCAGCCGCCAUACCCUCAGCUGCCACACAGGAGAGUUAAGCCAUCCCUGCAACCAGUGUGAUGCCCGCUUCAGCUCUGAUAUUGCUUUGAAACAGCAUUGUAAGCGGACACACCAGGCUGCCAGCAGCCAGCGCUGCACCCAGUGUAGCUUAACUUGCAACAGCAAGGCCAGGCUUAAAGCCCAUGUGCAACGUGAACAUUCUCAAAACAAUAAUGUGGUCUCACAAGUAAACUCUGACUCUCAACUGGAAAGCCGCUGCAAGGUCACCCUCACCCAGAAGUGCCCAGAUUGCCCUUUUACCACUGGAAAGAGGCUGCUGCUUGUCCAGCACAUCUUGGAUGAACAUGAGGGAGGACAUCAGGAAGAAAAAACUCUGAAGUGUGAUGUCUGUGGCUUCUCUUGUUUCCAUCAGCUGGUGUUUGACCAACACAUCCGUUCACAUGGUGGUACCUGUCUCUACAAGUGCACUGAAUGCAAUUUCUCAACCCGGAACAGACAGAAAAUCACAUGGCAUAUGCGCAUCCACACAGGAGAGAAGCCAUACCAGUGUGAGAAGUGCAGCUAUACCUGUGCUGAACCUUCUCGGCUCAAGUAUCACAUGAGGAUUCACCAGGAUGAGCGCAAAUAUCUCUGUCCAGAGUGUGGUUAUAAAUGCAAAUGGGUAAACCAGUUGAAGUACCACAUGACAAAACACUCAGGAGCCAAAUCGUAUGCAUGUGAGGAAUGUGAAUAUCGAACAAACCGUGCUGAUGCCCUGCGUGUCCACUGUGAGACACGUCAUCGAGAUGUGCGCUCCUUCAUCUGUGAAAAGUGUGGCAAGGCUUUCAAGACCCGCUUCCUGCUCAAGACGCACCAGAAGAAGCACAGUGAUGAGCGGCCCUACGUGUGCUCCAUAUGCCAAAAGGGUUUCCGUUGGCCUGCUGGCCUCCGUCACCACUAUCUCUCCCACACAAAUCAGCUGCCCUUCCGCUGCCUGUACUGUUCCUACCGAGCCAAGCAGAAGUUUCAAGUGGUGAAGCACUUGCGUAGGCACCAUCCAGACCAGCCCGUUCAGGGAGGGGUGGAUAAGGACCCUGACACCCACACUGUCCCGCUGCAGGAGGCCCGUUUGAUGCCAAAAGAAGACUUGUUGAUGGAUGGACAAUGUAUUGCAGAGAAAGACACUGAAUAACAUUAGUCUGUCUUUUUAUCCUCUGUGUUUUUUAAUUAGGAAAAAGACACUGUAUUAGUCCUGUAAUGAACCUCCGCUCAAGUGAAACUGAAUUAAUGCCUUUUAGCUGAAUUAAUAUUUGAAUACUUACGUAUUCAAAGGGAAACUCAAUUAAUUCAUCACAUGGAAGGUGUCAACAGCAUUUAUUGAGGUCAUUGCCGGAUCACUUAGUGAACAUCUAAGAAUAGAUAAUGUCCCUAAAUGACUAAAAUGCACAUGUGCAACAGUUUAAAUGGAUAUCACGUACUGUAGGUGGAGCAAUUUUAGGGAACAGUAAUAUCAACAGCAGUGAAUACUUUCUAGUGUGGGUGUAUAUAUGUUUAGAAUUUUAUACUAAGUAUAGAGAAUAUUUAUAUUCACUUUAUUAGUCCCUUCUGUGAGUUGCAUCCAGUGUAUAUAGCAGGCAGUAGCAUUUAUGGCAAAGUCAUACCUUCACUACUGUAAGACUACAAGGAACAAUGUUCAGGGAUUGAAGGGAUACAGAAACUUUAAGGAAAGUCUGGGUUUUGGUAUAUUUUAGAGUACAAGAUUGUCAGGAACAAGUUAUCUUGACAACAACAAAUAAAUAUAUAACAGUUAAAAUUUAAAAUAAAUGCUUUAACAGUUAAAAAUGAAAACUACUGGUUAACAGGAUCUAAAACUCUACAUAUACAACUUUUUAGAAUUUUUUCUAUGGCUUGUUUAAAUGUGGUGCUUAAUAUCUUGUAGUAGCCUUACAGCAUGAACAAAAUGUUAAUGCAUCAGUUUAAUCUGCAGCUGUAGAGUAGACAGUUUCUUAUACUGUAAAUACUUAUAAUUUAUUAUUGUAAAGCUGAGAAGGCACUAUACUGACUUUACUGUUUAGCUACUCUUUAGUUAUUUUUUAUUUAAAACUUUGUCACAGAAGUCUACAUCAUAGCAAGAGCAAUAAAACCUGGAUACUAAAGCCUGCAGUUUCUUUAGUUAUGGUUAAUAUGGGAAAUAUUGCUUUAUGUGCAAGCCAUAUGCAAUAUACAAAUAGGUGUAGCUGAGUUAUAAUGCCUAAAGUCUUAAAUGUGCACAAAGAAACACACAAUAUGAGUUUGCAUAACUUUCUGAAUUACAUAUUUUCAUUGUGUAGAAGUAUUUGGAUGCUGCAUGCUCAUCUAGGAGGCUUCUGUAAUGUUAAUGUUCACAAACAGAGAGGAGGGGCGAAGGCUUGUGCCGUCUUUCGAUAAAAGAUGGAUGUGGCGAUACCCUAGAAGAGAAACGAAUCAGUUUAAUUUACCAUUUAAUAAUUUAUAGCUAGCUUAUUGUUUUGAGUGGAGUGACUCCUGUCCUGAUUGCUCACUCACCUGACUGAAUGCAAGAGAAGGGAACUGUGUACUGCCCUAUAAAAUCAUUUUUGGUUGCCAUGUCAUAGUCCUCCACGACAAAGCGGAUGAGUGCCAGCUCAGGAGUAUGGACCGCAAACUCUAAUGUUUCGUUCCAGCAUGGGUUGAGUCCUGCACAGAUGAAAACAGGAGAAAAAAUAGUCCUAACACAAUCUAUGGGACUGAAAGCGCUCAAAACCCAUUACAUGUUGAUGUAUAGUUGCAUAAAUGCAUUUUCAGAAAAAAAAAUCCUUGUCAUAUGGAAAUGUUCUUGAGACGGCUCGACAGCAUCAUCUCUUUUCCUCACCGUUGUUCUCGAUGUAGCUUGUCUCCUGUGUGGCCUGGUCUGCAGGUAAACCAUAUAUCUCCACCCUUACAAAAGGGUCUACAAUGGACCCUACUUUGUUGUUUACUUUAGGGAGCUGCUGGCCACUAAUUACCUAAAAGUGAAACACAAAGGGAUCAGACAUUUAAUAUUUUUAGUUACAUUUGUCUCACCCAAGUUAUGCAAGCCUGGAUUAGAGCUGAUAAGUGAGUUUUUCAUUGCCUGAAUAGUGAGGAUGAGGGGACAGUAAUCUUUGCGGUCCUGGGGCUUGUCUGGAUUGAAUUGUUGCUCACUGUUGCGCAGGAUCUCCGGUUUCAGAACAUAUCCACAGCGGUUAUUCUGACUAAAGAGACCAUCAUUAAGAUCCAUCUCCAGCCCUGCUGUCUGGAAGUUUAAAGCCACUGUGGAUCAGAGACACAUUAAAAUUUAAUGCAGUUUAAAAUCCACUUCCAAGUCACCAGCCCUUUUGCAUUUGUGCAAUUUACGCUUUUAAAGACAUUUCCAUUAGACUGAAUUAGAUUGAUUUGUACAGCACAACCAGUAAUGUUCGAUUAAUGUCCACAGUGGUUAAUUUACAUCUAAUUUACUCUUUCUAGAGUUAAUUUGGCUUCAGUUUAAUUGGAUUUAUUAUUGACAUACCCAUUUGGCAUCCCACAUUCCACAUGUCUUGGGGACAGAAGUUUGAAGAGUCUGUCCUUAGGCCACUAGGAUAAACCCUGGUAAUCUGCCUUGCGUUGUGCUGAGCAAAAUCAGCAGCUGUGGACAUAACAGAAACACGAGCAUGUUACUAAAGAAUUUUAACCAGGAAAAACUGCAAACCUGUGUAAAUACAUAUGACUUUUUAACCGUACUGAACAUCAUUAUGAAGUCUACAGUACCGUGCAAAAGUCUGAGACCACCCUUAAUUUAUUUAAUUCCCAGUCAAAACUGCCAUUAAGUACAAGUUUUACAUUUUUUUAGUAGCUGUAAAAAAAAAAGCAGACAAAAUAUAUUUAACAGAAAAUUACACUGAAGCCCAAACAACUAAAUAUACUUUGCCUUUAUUACAGCCUCCAUUUUUUGGGAGAUUUGCUUUCAGUUUCACAAAGAUAGGGAUUUUCCUUUGAGAAUUUGAGUAGAGAAUAUUAGAAUCUUUCACUGUGAUGAUUAAGUUCCAUGUACAAAGGUUUACAUAUUAAAUUAAUUUUGAUACAA